AUGAAUAUAAAUGAGUCUUCCAAAAAAUGCAAGAGAGUGACUUUCGGUAAAACUACUGUAUAUGAAUACCCCCGAUGUCCUAGCUGGAGCGAAAUCAACGAAAAUGACGCUGCUUCAAACCAUACUGAUAACUCAAGUACUGCUCAAAACUCCAAAACAAAUAGCAAAUCCAAUAUUCAGGCAUACAAAAAAUUGAAAAAAUGCCAAUACUUUUCCCCAAAUAAGUCAUUAGGUGGAGCUACUGGAAUGCGACCAUCCAAUAUAGUAAAAAAUUUUGCUGAAAAUUUCUUUUAUAGAUGUCCUCAUUUUACGAAUAUAGGCAGGAACAUUGGAAGUAAUAGUGCAGUAAAUGCAAUAGUUCAUUGUAACAGAACAGCAAGUUCUCCCUCCAUUUCCAAAGCAAUAGGACAAAAUCAGUUGCCCCCUCGGUCAAAAUCUAUUGAGAGAUUUAUAAGAAAUAAAAAAACAAACGAACAAACAUGUAUAAAUCCCAAAAAAACAUGUUCCGUAGCAAAUCACAUAAAUACGAGAGAUGUUAACAAAGCUGUUAACAAAGCCAAUAAUGUGCCUACUUCGACUGCUCAUACAAUGAGAAGUUUUACACCUUUACCUCAAUACAGUUGUACAUAUGCUGGCAAUGGCACUGCGAGGCCCAAUAUUAGAAAUUUUAGAAAAGAAACUGUAAGUGUUUGCCCUUGGAGAGAACAGCAAAAAGCAAAAUUCGCAGAAAAUUUUGGGCAUACUAAUCAUUGUUAUCCUGGUGUUGACAGAAAGAGCGGAGGCAAUGAUCUUGCAGCUCCUAAGGGGUCUCCGUGUAACACUAAUGCAUCCACCAAUUAUAAUGGAAACUAUGACCGCGCACAAAAUGCAGCCACAGGACCUUGUAACACAAAUUCAAGAAAUAAUUCUGAAAACAAUUGUUCAUGGUUAAACAACGACGGGCAUUCGAAUAAAACAAAUGCUCCAUGUAAUGCUAAUAUUUCCAUGAAUUUUAGAGGUAAUUACCAAUAUACACACAACUCAGCUUCAGAACCUAACAUUAGAUAUAUGAGAAAUGAUAUUGCAAAAGAACAAUCAGGGGUAAACAACGAUCGGCGUCCUAAUAGAACAAAUGCUCAAUGUAAUGCUAAUACUCCCAUGAAUUUUAAAGGCAAUUGUAAGUAUACACAUAACUCUACUUCAGAACCUAAUAUUAGUAAUAUGGGAAAUAAUACAGCAAAAUAUCAAUCAUCUGCAAUCAAAGAACGACGUCCUAAAAUACUAAGCACUCCUUGCAAUACUAACACUUCCACCAAUUAUAAAAGUACUUGUCAGUAUGCACAAAAUAUAGCUCCAGACCCCUCUAAAAGAAAUUCGAUAAAUAUUACUGGAAAAGAUCGCUCAGAUGUACAAUACGAAGGACGCACUUAUGCAGUAAAUGGCCCAUGUAAUAUUAAUACUUCCUUGAAUUUUAAACGAAAUUGUCAGAAUACACGUAACACAGCUCCAGAACCUUGUAAGAGAUGUUCGAUUAAUAACACUGAAAAAGAUUACUCAUGUGUAGGCAACGAAGGAGGUCCUACCCGACCAAAUCCUCCAUGUAAUGCUAAUACGUCUAUGAAUUUUAAAGAGAAUUGUCAGAAUACAUAUAACACAGCUUCAGAACCUUGUAAACCAAAAAUGAUGAAUUAUGCUGAAGAAGACUAUUCAUGUGUAGGCAACGAAGGGCGUACUACCCGGUCAAAUAUGCCAUGUAACGCUAAUACUUCUAUGAAUUAUAACCGCAAUUUUCAAAACGCAUAUAACACUGCUCCAGAACCCUUUAGAAAAAAUUCGAUGAAUAAAGCUGGAAAUGAUCGUUCUUGUGUGAGCAAUGAAGGACGUUUUAUCCGACCAAAUACUCCAUGUAUUGUUAAUACUUCCAUGAAUUAUAACCGGAAUUGUCAAAACACACAUUACACUGCUUCAGAACCAUUUAGAAAAAAUUCGAUGAAUAAUGCUGGAAAUGAUCGAUCAUGUGUGAGCAAGGAAGGACGUCCUACCCGACAAAACGAUCCAUGUAAUGGUAAUACUUCUAUGAAUUUUAAAGGGAGUUGUCAGAAUACACAUAACGCAGCUCCAGAACCCUUUAGAAGAAAUAUGGUGUGUAACACUGGAAAAGAUCGUUUAUGUGUCAGCAACGAAGGACGUCCAACCCGACCAAUUACACCAUGUAACACUAAUACUUAUAUGAAUUUUAAAACGAAUUGUCAAACUACACAUAACACAGCUCCAGCAUCUUAUAAAAAAAAUUCGAUGAAUAAUGCUGAAAAUGAUCGUUCAUGUGUGAGCAAGGAGGGACGUUCUACCCGACCAAAUACUCCAUGUAUUGUUAAUACUUCCAUGCGUUUUAAAGGGAAUUGUGAGAAUACAUACAACACUGCUCCAGAACCUUGUAAAAGAAAUUUGUUGGAUAAUGCUGAAAAAGAUCGGUCGUGUGUAAGCAACAAAGGGCGUUCCACCCGAGCAAACUCUCCAUGUGAUGCUAAUACUUCCAUGAAUUUUGAAAGGAAUUGUCAGAAUAAACUUAACAUAGCUCCAGAACCUUGUAAAACAAAUCCGAUGAAUAAUACUGGAAGAGAUCAUUCAUGUGUAGACAAAGAACGACGUCCUGCCGGACCAAAUGCUCCAUGUAUUUCUAAUACUGCAAUGAAUUUUAAAGGGAAUUGUCAGAAUAUACAUAACAAAGCUUCAGAUCCUUGUAAAACAAAUUCGAUGAAUAAUGCUGAAAAAGAUCGGUCGUGUGUAAGCAACAAAGGGCGUUCCAUCCGAGCAAACUCUCCAUGUGAUGCUAAUACUUCAAUGAAUCUUAAAGGGAAUUGUCAAAAUACAAAUAACACGGCUUCAGACCCUUGUAAAACAAAUUCGAUAAAUAAUACUGGAAGAGAUCAUUCAAUUGUACCCAAAGAACGAUGUCCUCCCCGACCAAAUUCUUCUUGUGGUGCUAAUACUCCCAUGAAUUAUGAAAGGAACUGUCAGAAUAGAUAUAACACAGCUUCAGAACCUUGUAAAAGAAAUUCGAUAAAUAAUACUGGAAAUGAUCGUUCAUGUGUGAGCAAGGAAGAACUUUCUUCCGGACCAAAUACUCCAUGUAAUACUAAUACUUAUAUGAAUUUUAAAAAGAAUUGUCAAAAUACACAUAACACAGCUCCAGAACCUUGUAAAAGAAAUCCGAUGAAUAAUGCUGAAAAAGAUCGGCCGUGUAUAAGCAGCAAAGGAGGUCCCUCCCGAGCAAACUCUCCAUGUAAUGCUAAUACUUCUAUGAAUUUUAAAGGGAAUUGUCAGAAUACACAUAACACAGCCUCAGAACCUUGUAAAACAAAUUCGAUUAAUAGUACUGGAAAAGACCAUUCAAUUGUACCCAAAGAACGAUGUCCUCCCCGACCAAAUUCUUCUUGUGGUGCUAAUAUUCCCAUGAAUUAUGAAAGGAAUUGUCAGAAUAGAUACAACACAGCUUCAGAACCUUGUAAAAGAAAUUCGAUAAAUAAUACUGGAAAUGAUCGUUCAUGUGUGAGCAAGGAAGAACGUUCUACCGGACCAAAUACUCCAUGUAAUACUAAUACUUAUAUGAAUUUUAAAAGGAAUUGUCAAAAUACACAUAACACAGCUCCAGAACCUUGUAAAAGAAAUCCGAUAAAUAAUGCUGAAAAAGAUCGGUCGUGUAUAAGCAACAAAGGAGAUCCCUUCCGAGCAAACUCUCCAUGUGAUGCUAAUACUUCCAUGAAUUUUAAAAGGAAUUGCCAGAGUAGACAUAACACAGCUCCAGAACCUUGUAAAAGAAAUUUGAUAAAUAAUACUGGACGAGAUCAAUUAUGUGUAGACAAAGAACGACGUCCUCCCCGACCAAAUGCUCCAUGCAUUGCUAAUAUUUCAAUGAAUUUUAAAGGGAAUUGUCAGAAUACACAUAACACAGCUUCAGAACCUUGUAUGACAGAAUAG